CCGAUUGUCUCCAGUCCGAGCUAGCCGCGGGGACAGCUGGAGUCACACAGUCCAUACACAACAGUCCCACCCGGAGGCACGACUCUCCAGUCGCACAGUAGUUUGCGCGGACAACCAGCUGACAGCAUGGCUGAGAGUGAGAACAUAUUUCUCAGGGCGAAACACCGGACAUUCAGUGGACUGACUGAAGAUGCACAGUGUGAGUGGAAGGGACCAUUUUGCUUCAUCCAAGCUGCAGACCCCCAGCUUGGCCUGAUGAAGGCCUGGAGGGAUGGCGACUGCGAUGGCGGUGGGGAAGAAUGGGCCGAGGAAGUUGAGCUCACGAAACAGGCUGUGGAGGCUGUUAACCAGCUCAGACCAAGGCCGAAGUUCAUGGUGUUGUGUGGUGACCUAGUCCACGCCAUGCCGGACACACCAUUCAGAGAUGGACAGGAGCGAGACCUGAAGGCGGCCCUGAAGGGGACGGAUCCCUCCAUCCCGCUGGUGUUUGUCAGUGGGAACCAUGACCUGGGGAACACUCCCACCCCCAGCACUGUGGAGCAGUACUGCAAUGCUUGGGGGGAUGACUAUUUCAGCUUCUGGGUGGGUGGAGUUCUCUGCCUGGUUCUGAACUCCCAGUUGUUCUACGACGCCUCGGCCUGCCCUCAGCUGAAGGAGGCUCAGGAGACCUGGCUGGAGGCGCAGCUGAGCAGGGCCUCCUCCUCCUCCUCAACGGACCCCAAACCCAAACACGUCCUGGUAUUCCAGCAUAUUCCUCUGUACCUGGAGAGUCCAGAUGAAGAGGAACAAUACUUCAACCUGCAGAGGGUAGUCAGACAAAACCUGCUGGACAGGUUCAAGAAGGCAGGGGUGAAGGCAGUGUUCUCCGGUCAUUAUCACCGAAAUGCCGGUGGUUGCCACGGUGGCCUGGACAUGGUCGUAAGCUCAGCCAUCGGCUGCCAGCUUGGCGAUGACACCCACGGCGUCAGGGUGGUGGUAGUGACUGCCGACAGCGUCAUCCAUCGCUACCACAGCCUGGAGCAGCUGAGAGUGCAAGGCAUGGAUGAGGAUCUCAGGAAACUCCUGCAGGCUUGAGGGCCGGCUGAGGGAAAAGCAGAGAAGCUCGGAUUGUCAACAACAAAGCUGGGUAUUUUGUUGAUUGAUUUGGUUUAAUUUACAUUUUGGAGCCUCCUGCAGAUUCAUGCAUUGGUCAACUCAGCAUUGUGUGAUCUUAAAAUCAGUCAUGCAGAAACUCCUAAUAGAUCACUUGCUCCAAUGUGACAAACUUAAACUUUAAACUUAUGAACUACCAGAAGCGGUUGACCAGUGGGCCAGUCUCAAAGUAGGAAUAACGUCAUUAUGUUGUAGCACAUACUUAACAUUUGAUCAGAAAUGAGCCAAAAGUAGUGAAUUCAAACCAGCAAAAAUGAGGCGACAUGCCAAUCACACAUUUUAAAAUGUACAGAAUCUCAUGAUAAAAUCAAAAUUGAAUGUUUUCCUGAGAGUAUCGCUUGGAGAAUUGGAUGUUAUCUCUGCACCUGCUGCCCUGAAAAGGCAGCAAAGAGAUCACUGAAUGUGUUUUUAUUCUCGUGGUUCUUUUGUGGAGAAGCACAGUCCUCCUAUAUCUGAAGCAGCAUUACAUCCUCAGGCACCCGCUGUCUGUCUGUGCAGUGCAGAUGUUGUCUGUGUAACUUUAAAUAUGUCCAAAGUUUUCCAUCAUUAAUGGAAGAUUCCACUCAUAGAAUUAUGUAAAACCGCUUUUUAAGCAGCUACUAGAGGUGAUUUCUGCAGUUCAAGAUACAUUUUGUUGUUUGGUGGUGCAGCUUUCUUCCUGUUUCUGCAGGAAACUGUGGUAAUAGUGCAAAGAGAAACAAAAGACCAACAGCAGGCAGCUGCAGGACUUGUUUAGUAAAUUGACUUCAGGAUUGUACUCUGAAGGCAUCAGAGAGGGAGAUAGGAGAUUUCAGAAAUAAUCAAUAAAUCAGAUUUAAACUCUUCAUUACUUUCAGAUUAAUAAUAGGUUGGAAUUUUCCUUUAAUGAUCCUAAACUAUCUAGUUGUCAUAGCUAUACUCUGUUUGCUGUUGCUGCAGUCUAAUGCCUUGUUGGCCAUCCUAUGCAAGCUAUUUACAUCACCAUAUUGUGUGUUUGUGUUUUUAUGUUUAGUGCGGUACGUUGUUUGACUGACCUCUGCUCAGAUUUGUGCUGUCUGUUUGACACCGCCUUUGCAGAAAAAAGAGUCAAGCUGAUAAAAAACUGUCCACAAACUAUAGUAUUUAAAUAUAUAUCUACUCAAGAGAUUAUAUUUAACCCACAGUAAUAGUUCUAACAAAAAUGACAAUCUUUUUUUGACUAAAGAUGAUAUUUAAGUCCUCUAGUCAUUGAUUAAUACACCUUAAAACUCACCUCUAUGCAUCAAAGUUACAUAUUCAGAUGUUUUGUUUCUGUGACAGUAAUCCCUUCCUACCUUAAAAGCCCUCCAUGUGAAAUCCCUGCCUCUCUUUCCACCGCUCACUGUAGCUCGAGCACGCCAGCUCACCUAAGACUGUCAUCAAUACUCAGCCAUGGUGUCGACUGCUUGUCUCCCUCAUGAAAUGUCUUCCAGCAAAUGUAAAACACCAUAUGGACAAGUUAACAAGGUGAAAAACUUGAGUUUUACUGGAGGGGGUCUUUAAAGUUGUUAUUAUCCCUACGGCUUGAGUCCCAGUUGAUGGGCGACGCCUGUUUUAGAUGGUUCUGUCAGCACAAACCUCCCUCACAAACACACUCACUAGAACAGCCGCCCUGUGUUUUGCCAGUCAUACACUUGGAAGGUAAAGCAGCAGCAGGAGGGAGUGUUGGUCUUGCAUUAGCAGUAGCUCUGAUACAGGGUUGUGAGAGGGAAAGGCUGAUAUCUGAGUUAAAAUUUAAAACUGCAUAACAUGCUGUAUUCCUUUUCUAUGCGUGUGAAGACAAUCUGAAGGCCAAAUGGGAAUGGUGGACCCUGCUACUAACACAGAGCUCCUUUAGAUUAAUAGGUAAUUACAAACAAAAUUGAAUGGGACCAUAAACAACAUCAGUAAGGGUGUUUGAUUUAAUAAAAGUCUCAAGGAAAAUUUGGAAUUGCAUCAGAUUGCUCCACAACCAGCAAAUUACUCUUCUGUGCAAGUAUUGAAGCAUCCACUUGGUGUCUCCCAGUUACAUGUUUAUUAAUGCAUAGAUCAAACUGACCGUGAUUUUCCCUCACUGCCGUGAAAAUAUUUCACCAUUAGACCACAAUUUCAGCUAAGAUUAAGGAUGCAGCAGCUCAAAUUUGAAGCACACCUAAUCACUUCAAUCUGCACAUGUUUGGGAUACUUGCUGCAAAGUGCACAUGCAGAAGUACUCAGUAAAUAAAAUGAAUGAAGUGUAAUUGUGUCGUUAAAAGCCAAACUAAAGGAGGUGUCAGACUGAUGUAACACAGUAAUAAUAAUGUGAUCUGUUGGUGAUUACUUGUGGGAGGAGGACAGUAUUUCCUGACUGUUUAGUCACAGCUAAAACAACCUCACAGUAUUACACUCUACUGGCUGCAGGCUUAUUUGGGAGCUCGCAGUCCUGAAAUUGUCUUUAAAAUGGACAUUUCUGCAACAAAAUGACUUUCUCUCUGAGCCCAAAAUGACUCUACUCGAUUACACUUUCCACACACUCUCACACUCACCCUGACCGACUGGGAAUGUAAGAGAGUUGUCAUGGCAACCCUUUAGCAACACAUCUGUGUGUCGCGGAGAGAGGCUGCGAGUGUCGGGUAUAAAGUGUACGUCCUCCCAGUCUGUGUGUGUCCAUCCGUGGUCUGGUGGCUACUGUAGGUGAUUUUCCAUCAGCGACGCGAUCACUGACCUAAUUUCACACUGACGGAUUCUGUCUCUUUUCCAAAAAGUCAGCAUGCGAGGGAGAGAGGAGGGGGCGUCUGAGAGGAAUGGAUAAUGAGUGUGAUGUGUGAAAGACGAGUCAGUCCAUCUCCUUCAUUUCCUGUCUGAGAAGGAACCUUAUGUCCUUAUCUAUUUUUAUAUCCUCGUGGCAGCCGAGCUCAGUCACAUUGUUCGUUAUCUUUUUUGUGUGUGUUUGUCUGAAUUUGUUUUAGAGCACGUUUGUUCGAUGAAUUUGGGGGACAUCACACACUUUCACUUGUUGCUGUGUUGAAUUCUAAUGAAUGACCAUACUGAACACCAUGACUGUGAUGACCUGUUGUAUUUUUAUAAUAAAUGUUGAUUUUAUCUACUGA